AUGUCCAGCAGCAUACCUGUUAUGUUACGAAUCGGAGCAGUUAUGACACCCAUUAUUGUCAGCGAGAGCCUUUCUUACAAGGAACUUUUUGAAAUUGUCAGCAGACAUAGUCUCGACGGCUUUUCGGUCCUCUGGGAACGUACCAGCCCAUCUAGUCCAUUCCCUGAGCGGACCCUCGUUAGUGAGAAAAACUUACAGGCUACUUUGGAGCUUAUGAUUUUGAGGCAUGGAAGGGAUGUUUUAGAGGCUGACCGCAUUGUGAAGAAUACAUCGUCUUCUGGGGUAUUUAGGUAA